UCCCUAACAACAAAACAAAAAUGUGAGUCUCUCUCUAUCACUAAGUCACACACUCUGCUCAUAGAAUGUGAUGAUGUCUGUUGUAUUAAAUUGAGAUCACGCAUCUUCCACAAUCGCGAUUAUUACAUCCCUAACACCCAUCAUCAGCGCCUCCUUUUAACCUCUCUCUUCUUACUUCUUCUCCUCCAAAAUUAGCAAAAACUCUCUUAAACACUAAACAUAAUGGACCUCACUCUCGUCCCAUACCAACAUUUCUCUACUAACCAUAAUAACAUUUCCACUUACGUCAAAUACAAAGAAUGCAUGAAGAACCAUGCUGCUUCCAUUGGCGGCCACGCCAAUGACGGCUGCGGCGAGUUCAUGCCUCGCGGCUCUGAUGAUCAUUCCCUCACCUGCGCCGCCUGUGGCUGCCACCGUAACUUCCACAGACGCGAAACCGCUGCGGAUGCCGCCACCAAUGCUAGACACCACCAUCAUCAGCUCCGUCAUUUUGAACAUCUCAUGCUUUCUCCUUCUCCUCCGCCGUUACUGCAUGGUGUUUCUGUAGUUAACAAGAAACACUUGAUUACUGCUUCACCGCCGGAUGCCCACUGUGAUGAUAUUCUUGAAGAUAUUAACGACGAUCAUGACCGGAGGUCGGAGACACCCGAAAGAGAAGAGGUGGGUCAUCAUGUGGGGUUGAUGGCGUCUAGGUCCCCUUCGUCAUCAGCUAAGAACAAGAGAUUCAGGACAAAGUUCACACCGGAUCAGAAGGAGAAGAUGCUUAAUUUCGCAGAUAAGAUUGGAUGGAGAAUUAAUAAGAACGAUGAUGGUGCAUUUAAUCAGUUUUGUAAUGAGAUUGGUGUUAAGAGGAAUGUGCUUAAAGUUUGGAUGCACAAUAACAAGAAUGUUCAUCGCCGGAGGGACCAUGAUGUUCAAGAACAUCCUAGUAAUGUGGCUACUGCUGCAGUUGCUCAUCCUCCGCCGCCAGUAGCGUCUCAGGCCAUCGGAGUUUAAUGCAUGCCUUCAAAUAUUACUUUAGUUUGAUCAGUUACUAGCUAGUCAGUUCUCUAUCUUGGAUUAACUGUAUAAUUAGUGUAUGUAUAGAGGCUAUGUACGGUGAUUGCUUGGUUAAUUAAUUAACUGUUGGGUUAUUUGAUGCUAACACGUAGUAUUUAUUUAUUUUAAUGAAAAUAACCUGCGUCUUUUCAUGGUUAA